GCUAGCCUACACUGGAUACUAUUUAGCUGGUAGCUAGCCUACACUGGAUACCAUCCGACACCAUAGCUAGACAACACUGGAUACUAUCUGCCGGUAGCUAGCCGACACUGGAUACUAUCUGCUAGUAGCUAGCUGCCUUGCUGGCCAGGAUCCUGGAGAGAGAAGACCACCUGUAGAUGGGUCUGGUGGCAGAAGAGGAGCUGUAGAUGAUUGUUUAAAGGGUUCAGAAUGAGUGGGUCCAUCCCCAACACGCUGCAGGUGAACGAGCCCAAGCGCUAUGGCUCCACGUUGUCUCUGGAAGAGAAGUGUGAACAGUCUUUCUUCCUCUUCUACUAUUACAGGAUGGAGGACGAGGCCGUGCUGGACCGAGGGGCUUCAUUCCUCAAACACGUCUGUGAUGAAGAGGAGGUAGAAGGUCACCACACCGUCUACAUCGGAGUGCAGAUGCCCAAGAGCUACCGGCGUCGGAGACGUCACCGCCGGAGAGGCAGCCACAAGGACAGGAAGGAUCAUCUGACAGAGAACGCCUCUGACAGGUCCGACACAGAAAACAACGAUGAGGCCAGCAACAGCAUCCUCAAACCGCUCAUCUCUCCCGCGGGCGAGAGGAUCCGCAUUAUGCUGGGAGAGGAUGAUGAUGGACCUUCACCACCUCAACUCUUCACUGAGCUGGACGAGCUGCUCUCUGUGGAUGGGCAGGAGAUGGAGUGGAUGGAGACAGCCAGGUGGAUAAAGUUUGAGGAGAAGGUGGAGAAGGGUGGAGAGCGUUGGAGUAAACCCCACGUGGCCACGCUGUCGCUCCACAGCCUGAUGGAGCUGCGGACCUGUAUCGAGAAGGGAACCAUCAUGCUGGAACUGGAGGCCUCCACGCUGCCACAGGUUGUUG